AGUCACGUGCCUAACUUCCAAAGAAUGAAUCCAUGAAUAUGGUAGAGGAGCGAAAGUGGCCGGCGGCGGUGUAGAGCUAUAAGGAGCGAAGCUCACACACACACCGGCUGAUGGAGGGCGGGAUCACAUUCACUUGCUUGCCGCCCGGCUCCAUAGUAACAAAGUGGAAAGUAGGCCCGACCACAUAACCACACGGGAGGGUAACGAGAUUCAACUGGAUGGUCACGCUUCUUCGAGAACGGUUUUUCCCUCAAUUUGAAAGCGGGUUCUGUGAGUCCGCCUAAACAAGGCAAGCCCAAAAGAUGAUUUUCUCUUCCUCAAAUUGAUGUUCUGGUGGACAACACCGCUGGACAUGGGAUGCUGUCCUUUAUGGAUGUUUUUUCUUUAUAUAACCCCAGAAGAUGUCCGAGGAAGACCGAGAGAAAACGGCGUUUAUCACCAUAUCAGAUAGGAGGGCACGUUCUGUUACAAGGUGAUGCCGUUUGGUCUAAAGAAUGCCGGGGCGACGUACCAGCGAGCCAUGACUGCGCUGUUUCAUGAUAUGAUUCACAAGGAAAUGGAGGUCUAUGUCGAUGACAUGAUCGUCAAGUCCUGGGCUGAAGAAGACCGUGAAUUUGAAGAAAGUGUUUUACGCGGAAAUACAGUCUUCAAGAGAAAUCGAAGUCGACCUGCAAAAGCUAAAGCAAUUAUCGACAUGCCGGUACCAAAGACAGAGAAAGAAAGAAGGGCUUUUUUGGGCAGGCUACAAUACAUCAGCAGGUUCAUUGCCCAGCUCACACCCAUCUGUGAGCCGAUCUUUAAACUGCUCAGAAAGAGGACCCCGCCAACGCCUGGUCGACCUCUCCUGAUGUAUUUGUCAGUAAUGGAAGCAUCCAUGAGUUGUGUCCUUAGUCAGCACGAUGAAACGGGUAGGAAGGAAAGAGCCAUAUACUAUCUCAGCAAGAAGUUCACUGAUUAUGAGGCAAGGUAUACGAUUCUAGAAAAGACCUGUUGUGCUCUUACAUGGGCCUCGAAACGCCUACGCCACUACAUGUUGAACUAUACGACCAUGCUGAUUGCAAGGAUGGACCCGCUGAAGUAUCUCUUUGAAAAGCCAGCCCUCACGGGCCGUACAGCAAGGCGGCAGAUGUUACUCUCAGAGUUCGAUAUUGUGUACGUCACCCGGAAGCCCUAAAUGAGUAAGGCAAGGGGCAGGCAAUAGCAGACCACCUGCGGAAUCAUCCCGUGCCUGACUAUGAGCUUUAUUUUAUUAGUUAGGGGACGAAUUUCCCGGACGAAGCUAUUCUAUUUGCGGUAGGCGAAGAAUAAGACGAAACUCCUCAUGAUUGGAAAAUGUUCUUUGACGGUACAGUAAAUCAGAACGAAAAUGGAGUUUGAACCUUUCUACAUGCUAUCUUAAAGCUCACCAAAAGGAGCCAUAUUCCCAUAGCUGUCAAGUUGAGGUUCUUUUGCACAAACAAUAUCGCAGAAUAUUAUGCGUGUAUCACAGGCGCUUCAAAGAAGCGCCCUCGACUUAAGAAUCAAGGAGAUUUAUGUAUAUGGAGAUUCGUCACUUAUCAUCUUUCAGACAACUGGUGAUUGGAAAACCAAAAAUCAGAAGCUCAUUCCCUACCAUCAGUAUCUGGAAGAUAUCAGCCAGACGGAUUACCUUC